AUGAAUAACUACAAUGACUCUGACAUGUCUUUCUUCAACUGGGACAAAUAUUAUGCUCCUGCCCUCCCCACCGAGUCCUCAUCCAGCACCUCUCAACCCUCUCCUUUCUCGUCCGCUGGUUCUUCGUCUCCUGAUGUCUUCGGUGGUAUAUUCUCCAGCAGUCCCUCCACUCCGGCCUUCUCAGUAGGGUCUUCUGUAGCGGCUCCUCCUUCGGUCUCCCCCCCUCAAGCACCAGCAGCACCAGCGCCCCUCGCGCCAGCACCCCUUCUAUCAGCACCCUUCCUACCAGUACCCCCAGCGCCGGCUACAGCACCCGUUCCAGCACCCCCACGACCAGUUCAAAGGCGUGCCCUUAGACCAGAUGGCACGCCCCACGGUCGCCCGUACACAUUGGGCAGAUCUGAAGAAGAAUUGAAUGAAGAAACAGCAUUGUUGGCUCAGAUAAAGGAAGAACAGGCGCGCCAACGGCGGGAGGAGAAACGCGAGGUAGCAGAAAGGGAGCGUCAAGAAGAUUGGGCGCGUAGACAAGAAGAGCUAAGGAAAAGCAUUGCGAGCAGCAAUGCUGGCGACAUGGGUAACUCGUUUUUGGCUCCGGACGGAUUAACGCACGAGCGGAAACCCAAUAAAAAUGGGAAUUAUGUAAACGGAAUCUGGUAUCCCUUCUCGGACGGGUUUGUGGGAGAUGAUGGGGUUUUCUAUUAUUGGAACGAACCUCUGAAAACACCAGAUCUCAUGUAUUUUUAG